UGCUGCUCCUGCAUUGCACCACAUCUUCAGUGAGAUCUCGGCCAGGCUGGCUCUGCUCUGUGGUGCACAUUUCCGUGUGCUGUGGGCAUGACACCUUGGUCCCUACACCCACUGCCCAGGGGCACAGGGAAAGAGUACGCACUGCCCUGUGCUAGCCAGGGAGAGCGAGCAGGCAGGGGCCUGCCCCGUGCCCAAAGUGACCCUGGAGAUCAGUGCCAGCAGUGGAGGAUAAACAAACUCUGGUGGUGGGUGCUGCCAAGGGCGCUAUUUAUAAAGGCUGAGUCAGGCCCGUGUCUGACCCAGCCAGCCAGUCCUGAGUAGCCUGCAUCCGGGAGCAGCCCACCAAGGACACGCCACUGAGCCAGGAGCUCUGGGGCUGCAGCAGCCAAUUGCCCCUUUAUAAAGCCAGUGCUCACCCCGCACUGCAGCUGGACGAGGAUCUGCUGGACAGGUGGAUGCACACCAGGCACAUGGACCAAGGCCUGACUGCCCCAACCCCUGGGGGCCGGGGAUUCCGCAGCAGCCGCAUGGAGCCAAUCGAGUGCCGAGAUGUGUUGGUGCAGAAUGCGCUCUUCACCGGGGACCUGGAGGCAGUGCAGAAGCAUUUCACUGAGAGCGCUGCCGUCAACCUCAUCAUUGAAUCCAAGGGUGACGAGCUGCGGUGGACCAGCAGGAAACUUGGGCUGUGGUCGCUGACCUACGAGCAGGAGCUCACCACGCCGCUGCAGAUCACGGCGGGGCGCGGCUACUUGGACUGCCUCCGGCACCUGCUGCUGAGGGGCGCUGCCGUGGACUUUGCGCCUGGCGGCAAGACAGCUCUUCACGAGGCCUGCGCGGCGGCCAGAACCGACUGUGUGCACCUGCUGCUCUCCUCUGGGGCUGACCCCAAGACCAUCUCCGAGGCUGGCCACCAGCCCCUGCACCUCUGCAAGAGCCCCGCCUCCAUCCAGUGUGCGAAGCUGCUGCUGCAGUAUGGUGCCAGCGUGAACAGCCAGACGGAGGAGGAAGAGGACACAGCGCUGCACGUGGCAGCACGGCACGGCCUGGAAGAGCACGUCCAGCUGUUCCUGCGCCAUGGAGCGGGGCUGGAGGCCAAGAACGAGGAGGGGCAGACCCCCCUGAAUGCCGCCUGCGCCCAGGCACACCCACCCCAGGACAUGGAGCGCUACUACCAUGUCUGCCAGCAGCUGGUGCAGAGCGGUGCCGACGUCGAUGCUGCGGACCGGGACCAGCAGCGCCCCCUGCACCAGGCCUGCAAGAACGCCAGCGCCCCGGUGGUGGAGCUGCUCCUGGCCCAUGGUGCCAAUGUCAACAUCAUGAGUUACAGCGGCAACACAGCCAUGCAUAACAUCCUGCAGGUGGCGGCCUACAAGCUGGGGCACCGACCGGAGCUCGUGGUGCGGGCGCUGCUCAACCAUGGCUCCAUACGCGUCUGGCCCGGGGCCCUCAUCAAGGUUCUGCACUACUGCUGCUCCUCGCCGCGCACCAUCGAGGUGCUGAUCAACAGCUAUGACCGCGUGCGGGUCACUGACGAGUGGGCAGAGGCUGUCCCCGCUGAGAUCAUGCAGAAGCACCCAGAUUUCUACGAGUCACUCUUCUCUCUGGGGCAGAGGCCCCGCUCCCUGCAGCACCUGGCCCGCUGUGCACUCAGGAGCUACCUCGAGGGCCGGCUGUUGCAGGUCUUGCCCAAGCUCCAUCUGCCUUCUUCCCUGCACCAGUUCCUGCUGCUCAGCUUUGAGGACGUUCUCUACUAAGGACCUGGAGCCUGGAUUGAGCCAACUCUAAAUCCUUUUCUUUAUCUGCUUUGAAUUUUUGUGCCCGGCCUGCGACAGCCCAGGUCAGCUUUGCCUCCCCACUCACACUAGCCAAAGCCAGCCCUUCUGUGCCCAUUCCACCCCAUACCCGCCAUUCCCGCCUAUGCCAGCCUGGCCUAUGCCAGGUCUGCCCUUUGUACUCCCAGCUGAGACACCCUCUGCCCGCACCAACCCAUCCCAUGCCAGCAAGCUCUAUAGCUAGCCUGUGGUGGGUCCCUGCC